AUGGGUUCCUUAAACUACCCCCUACCGCGCGGUCUCCACGCCAUCCCGCCCGAGUCCCUAGACACGCGGCCCGACGCCGAAGUGGACCGCGACAUCUCGCGCCCGAAACCCGUCUCCGGCGAGAAAAACGUCUGGUUCUUCUGGCACGCGGGCUACGGCGCGAUGCACCCGUACACGAAGCGCAACGUGCGCGCCUGGCACCGCCGCCUGGCGAAGCGCGGCUGGACCGUGCGCGUGCUCGACCGCGCGCCCGGCUCGCCCUGCAACGUAGCCAACUUCCUCGACGUCUCGGACCCGCGCGCGUUCCCGCGCGCUUUCGCCGACGGCGCCGUCCGCGGCCGCUACGCCGCGCAGCACGUGUCCGACCUCGUGCGCUGGCCGCUGCUGCUGCGGUACGGCGGCGUGUACGCCGACGUGGGGCUCCUGCAGAUCGGCGACCUGGACCGGCUGUGGAACGAGACGGUGGCCGACCCCGCCUCGCCGUUCGAGGUGCUGUCGUACAACGUGAACGGCGGCCUGGCGAACUAUUUCCUCGCGUGCCGCGCGGGCAACCCGUUUUUCGAGAGGUGCCAUCGGCUGUUUCUCGCGCUCUGGGCCGAAGACGGCGGGAAGACGAGCACCGACGGGAUGCACGCCAGCCCGCUGCUCAAGGGCGCCCCGCUCAUGAGCAGCUCGGCUACGAUCCAGGAGGACGGGAACACGAUUGGGCCGGACAAGGUGCAGAAGAUGUUAAGCGACUAUAUCGUCCAGGGCCAGGCGACGCUGAUGGUUAUGGGUCUGGUUGACGACGAGGAUGGGUGGGACGGGCCUCGAUACGCUGCGGACCAUAUAUACGCGAUAGACUAUAUGGUAGGAUCUCAGCUGAUUAAUGAGUUUACCAAUUGGGAUGGCAAGAAGGCCUUCGAACUGAUGUCACUUCCCCUCCCGAAGGACGGCGAGAUAGAGAGCGCCGAGCAGAAGCAGGCCCGAGAGAUCGUGGAAGCUUGCCUGCAGAAGAGCUUUGGGUUUAAGCUCGCCCACGGUUUAAUUAUAAGGGUAUUUAGAUAUACUCUGGGUUCGUUAUGGAGAGAUCACGAGGGCUCGGAUGAUGUACCGGGAACGUACGCACAUUGGUUGAGACAUGCGACUACUUACUGGAACCAAGACGAACUACCUCCCGCUCUGAGGUUUCCAGUCAUAGAGCCUUUCAAGAGGGGCCCCUUAUUAAGGGAGGAAUAA